AUGAGUGUCAAACUUGAAGGGUCAGAAAUAUCAGAUGUCGUCACUCUCGAAAAUAAACAAGCCUCCAAAGUCAAUAUGAUCCUCACGAAGAUUGAGGAAGUAUUGAAGCAAAAGAAAAAGAAAGAUGUCAUCACGAUCAAUCUUCCUGGACUGGAUGAAGCUGGUGUAAGUGUAUAUGAAGCAAUACACGAGAAAUAUAACGCAGAAAUAAUUGGGAACAGGCUUUUUAUCAAAUUUGACGGGGCUGGGAAAGAAGAAAUUCAUUUCGAACUAGGUGUUUCAGCCAGAACAUAUAAUCCGAAUUGGUUUAUGGUAUCUAAUGCAAUAUGUGUUGUUCAAGACGCCCAACUUCGUCCUGACCUUGGCGUGUGGUUUCGGAGGCCGACGUACCCACAAAGGAUGCAACCCAUCGCCAAUAGAUGCCCAUCGCCAAAUGUGUGGAUAGAAGUGUUUUUUAAUAACGAAGACCGUGACAAUGCCUUAUAUAAAAUUGGCGUUGUUCAACAAAACUGGAGUGGCAUUGAAUUUGUCGGAAUUGAUCUUCCUGUUUCAAAUACUCCUUACCUUCCGAAUCCAAAUCCUGGGGCACUUUCGGUUCCUGCAAUCCCUCAAAACAGCCAACCCAGGCAAGCUCCAUAUGUGAUAUAUUGGGAUGCCAACAACAAUCCUGUUUACUAUAAAGUCGACAGCUGGAAUGAACAUAUUGUACUUAGAUGUGGAUGGACAAUCGAGUUUAAUAUUGUACUCAACGCUUUAACUUGA